GAAUCUAUCUUCCUAUUCCUAUAUAUGACUACUCCACUUCCCUCUCUUUGAAUAAAUAAAACCCUACAAACUGAAAGAAACGUUGUUUCUUGAUUCAUCAUUCAUUCUCUCUACUGUACUAGCACUAGUCUCUUUUCUUCUUUAACUUGCUCUCAUUUGAAAUAUGAACCAGCAGGACGAGAAAGCCACCAUGGAUCUUGUUCCACCCUCUGAGCACCUCUGUUACGUUCGUUGCAACUUCUGCAACACUGUGCUUGCGGUUGGGAUACCAUGCAAGAGGCUGCUGGAUACUGUGACAGUGAAGUGUGGUCACUGCAGCAACCUCUCGUUUCUGAGCACCAGGCCCCCUCCACCUCCAGCCCCUUUCUCUCACACCCAUCAAACCACCACCAUUGAUCACACCCUCACUCUCCAGGGUUUCUAUGGUGAUUCGAAGAAGGGGCAAGGAUCAUCUUCAUCGUCCUCACCAACUACAUCAAACGAAUCAGUCUCCCCUAAAGCAGCACCUUUUGUUGUCAAACCACCUGAGAAGAAGCACCGUCUUCCAUCUGCAUACAACCGUUUCAUGAAAGAGGAGAUUCAGCGCAUCAAAGCAGCCAACCCUGAGAUCCCACAUCGAGAAGCUUUCAGCGCUGCAGCCAAAAAUUGGGCAAGGUUUAUUCCAAAUUCGCCUGCAAGCUCAGUUGCUGCAAGUAAAAACAAUGAAUGAGAGAGUGGUGGCAAAAGGAGAUAUUCGGAGAGAAAAGCAAGUCAAUUUAGUGUCUCAGUAGUGUCACUUCUUGUUAGUUAUAAUGAUAAUAUAAUAAUAAAAACCCUACUAUAUGUUAUGUUCUAAAAUAGUUGUCUUUAAUUUCCUUUAGUGUUGGGAUUGGACAUUAUGCCAUCAUGUACGAGAUUCCAGACCAUCAGUUUAUUAAUGAAGGCAAGACUUAAUUGCCACUUAUUUUAUUAAUAU